CCCGAGGUCCAAGCCGGAGGUACUGGAGAGAGCCCAGCGGCGCGCCCCUCGGGAAGGCCUGCGCCGGCGCAGGGUUUUCCCCAGGGGCGCUGAGAAGUCCGUGGUGGGGACAUCGGCUGCACCCAGGCCUGUCCAGCUGCGUCUGAACCCAGGGGUCUCCCCUCCAGGCCUCAGAGCGCGGGCCGCACUCCCCCCCGCCCCGCCCCCCGCACUCCUGCCCUCCCCAGACUGACUGCCCUGGGGGCGGAGCCUCUGCUCGGAGGUCGGCCCCUCCUACCUGUGGGUGACCGUCCGCCGCCCACCCUCCUCCCUGCCCAGUGCUCCCCAUGGAAGAUCUGCUCCUAGACGCCAGCCCCAUCAUCAUGGGCAGCCCAGAGGGCCGCUUCCAUUUCGCCAUUGACCGCGGGGGCACCUUCACCGACGUGUUUGCCCAGUGCCCAGGUGGGCACGUACGAGUCCUGAAGUUGCUCUCUGAGGACCCUGCCAACUAUGCCGACGCGCCCACGGAGGGCAUCCGCCGCAUCCUGGAGCAGGAGGGGGGUGUGCAGCUGUCCCGGGACCGGCCGCUGGACACCAGCCGCAUCGCCAGCAUCCGCAUGGGCACCACUGUGGCCACCAACGCACUGCUGGAGCGUCGUGGUGAGCGUGUGGGACUCCUGGUGACACGAGGCUUCCGAGACCUGCUGCACAUCGGCACCCAGGCCCGAGGGGACCUCUUUGAUCUGGCCGUGCCCAUGCCUGAAGUGCUGUACGAGGAGGUGGUGGAGGUGGAUGAGCGUGUUGUGCUGUACCACUGCGAUCCAGGUGCCAGCACGCCAGUCAAAGGCCGCACUGGGGACCUGUUGGAGGUCCAGCAGCCCGUGGACCUCGGGAGCCUGCGUGGGAAGCUGGAGGGGCUUCUGGCCCGCGGCAUCCGCAGCCUGGCUGUUGUCCUCAUGCACUCGUACACGUGGGCCCAGCAUGAGGAGCAGGUGGGCGCCCUGGCCCGAGAGCUGGGCUUCACACAAGUGUCGCUGUCCUCGGAAGCCAUGCCAAUGGUGCGCAUCGUGCCUCGGGGCCACACAGCCUGCGCUGAUGCCUACCUCACGCCCGCCAUCCGGCGCUACGUGCAGGGCUUCUGCCGGGGCUUCCAGGGCCAGCUCAAGGAUGUGCAGGUGCUGUUCAUGCGCUCAGAUGGCGGGCUGGCACCCAUGGACGCCUUCAGUGGCUCCCGAGCCGUGCUCUCGGGCCCUGCUGGGGGUGUGGUUGGUUACUCCACCACCACGUACCGGGCUGAAGGCAGCCAGCCGGUCAUUGGCUUUGACAUGGGAGGCACGUCCACCGACGUGAGCCGCUACGCAGGGGAAUUUGAACAUGUCUUUGAGGCCAGUACAGCCGGUGUCACCCUCCAGGCCCCGCAGCUGGACAUCAACACAGUGGCAGCUGGUGGGGGCUCCCGCCUCUUCUUCAGGUCCGGCCUCUUUGCGGUUGGGCCUGAGUCUGCCGGAGCCCACCCUGGUCCUGCUUGCUACCGGAAAGGGGGCCCUUUGACACUGACGGAUGCUAACCUGGUCCUGGGUCGCCUGCUGCCCGCCUCAUUCCCCUGCAUCUUUGGGCCUGGAGAGGACCAGCCACUGUCCCCCGAGGCCUCUCGUAAGGCCCUGGAAGCUGUGGCCUCUGAAGUCAACAACUUCCUGGCAAACGGACCCUGCCCAGCCUCCCCACUGAGCCUGGAGGAGGUGGCCAUGGGCUUCGUGCGUGUGGCCAACGAGGCCAUGUGCCGGCCCAUCCGUGCACUCACCCAGGCGCGAGGCCACGACCCCUCAGCCCACGUGCUGGCCUGCUUUGGGGGUGCAGGCGGGCAGCAUGCUUGUGCCAUUGCCCGGUCCCUGGGCAUGGACACCGUGCACAUCCACAGGCACAGCGGGCUACUGUCGGCGCUCGGCCUGGCCCUGGCAGAUGUGGUGCACGAGGCCCAGGAGCCCUGCGCCCUGCUCUACAGCCCUGAGACCUUCGUGCAGCUGGACCAGAGGCUGAGCCGCUUGGAGGAGCAGUGUGUGGACGCCCUGCGGGCCCAGGGCUUCCCCAGGUCCCAGAUCAGCACGGAGAGCUUUCUACACCUGCGCUACCAGGGCACCGACUGCGCCCUGAUGGUCUCCGCUCACCAACACCCAGCCACUGCCCGCUCCCCCCGUGCCGGCGACUUCGGGGCUGGCUUCGUGGAGAGGUACAUGAGGGAGUUUGGCUUUGUCAUCCCUGAGCGGCCAGUGAUGGUGGACGAUGUGCGGGUGCGAGGCACCGGCCGCAGCGGCCUUCACCUCGAGGACACCCCCAAAGCCCAGAGUGGACCUCCCCGCGUGGACAAGAUGACCCAGUGCUACUUUGAGGGGGGCUACCAAGAGACCCCCGUGUACCUGUUGGGAGAGCUGGGCUUUGGGCAUAAGCUCCAGGGGCCCUGCCUUAUCAUCGACAGCAACAGCACCAUCUUGGUGGAGCCAGGUUGCCAGGCGGAGGUAACAGAGACGGGGGGCAUCCGGAUUUCUGUGGGGGCAGAGGCCCCCAGCACAGUGGGUGCCCGUCUCGACCCCAUCCAGUUGUCCAUUUUCUCACACCGGUUCAUGAGCAUCGCGGAGCAGAUGGGCCGAAUCCUGCAGCGCACGGCCAUCUCCACCAACAUCAAGGAGCGCCUGGACUUUUCCUGUGCCCUCUUCGGGCCCGACGGGGGGCUUGUCUCUAACGCCCCCCACAUCCCGGUGCACCUGGGUGCCAUGCAGGAGACCGUGCAGUUCCAGAUCCAGCAGUUGGGGCCAGACCUCCACCCUGGUGACGUGCUCCUGAGCAACCACCCCAUGGCGGGGGGCAGCCACCUGCCAGACCUGACAGUCAUUACACCGGUGUUCUGGCCGGGCCAGACAAGGCCUGUGUUCUAUGUGGCCAGUCGUGGGCACCAUGCGGACAUCGGGGGCAUCACACCAGGCUCCAUGCCCCCUCACUCCACUACCCUGCAACAGGAGGGGGCUGCCUUCCUGUCCUUCAAACUCGUACAGGGGGGCGUCUUCCAGGAGGAGGAGGUGACUGAAGCCCUGCGGGCACCAGGCAAGAUCUCUGGCUGCAGUGGGACCCGGAACCUCCAUGACAACCUGUCGGACCUCCGUGCGCAGGUGGCAGCCAACCAGAAAGGCAUCCAACUGGUGGGGGAGCUCAUCGGGCAAUAUGGGCUGGACGUGGUACAGGCCUACAUGGCGCACAUCCAGGCCAACGCGGAGCUGGCUGUGCGGGACAUGCUCCGGGCCUUCGGGACGGCCAGGCAAGCGCGGGGCCUGCCUCUAGAGGUGUCUGCAGAGGACCACAUGGAUGACGGCUCUCCCAUCCGGCUACGGGUGCAGAUCAACCUGGGUCAGGGUAGCGCUGUCUUUGACUUCAGCGGCACGGGCUCCGAGGUGUUUGGCAAUCUGAACGCCCCACGAGCCAUCACGCUGUCUGCCCUCAUCUACUGCCUGCGCUGUCUCGUGGGCCGCGACAUCCCGCUCAACCAGGGUUGCUUGGCACCAGUGCGUGUUGUGAUUCCACGAGGCUCCAUCUUGGACCCGUCCCCAGAGGCAGCUGUGGUUGGCGGCAACGUGCUCACGUCACAGCGUGUGGUGGAUGUCAUCCUGGGGGCCUUUGGGGCCUGUGCUGCGUCGCAGGGUUGCAUGAAUAAUGUGACGCUGGGCAAUGACCACAUGGGCUACUAUGAGACGGUAGCAGGUGGUGCGGGCGCGGGCCCUGGCUGGCAUGGGCGCAGCGGCGUGCACAGCCACAUGACCAACACUCGCAUCACUGAUCCCGAGAUCCUGGAGAGCCGGUACCCGGUGAUCCUGCGCCGCUUCGAGCUGAGGCCUGGCUCCGGAGGCCGCGGCCGUUUCCGGGGUGGCGAUGGUGUGGUCCGCGAGCUGCUCUUUCGCGAGGAGGCGCUGCUUUCCGUCCUGACGGAGCGCCGUGCCUUCCGGCCCUAUGGCCUCCAAGGGGGUGAGCCAGGAGCCCGGGGCCUCAACCUGCUGAUCCGUAAGGACGGCCGCACGGUGAACCUGGGUGGAAAGACAUCGGUGGCCGUGUACCCAGGGGACGUAUUCUGCCUCCACACGCCCGGCGGGGGUGGCUACGGAGACCCCGAGGACCCUGCCCCACCCCCAGGGUCAUCUUCACAGGCUCCAGCUUUCCCAGAGCGGGGCAGUGUGUAUGAGUACCGCCGUGCCCAGGAGGCCGUGUGACCCCUAAUAAAGAUCUUGGAAUCACC